AAAGAAAGCCGUUCAGAGAGCUCCUUCCUCUGCUGGUUCGGGUUGCGAAGGACGAAGUAGCAGCAGUCAAAACCCUAACUCUCGUUUCAUCCCAGUCGUGUUCAGCCAUGUCUAGAAGGAAGGUCAGGGAACCCAAGGAGGAGAAUGUGACACUUGGACCAUCUGUCCGAGAGGGGGAGAACGUUUUUGGGGUUGCCCACAUUUUUGCAUCAUUUAAUGACACAUUCAUUCAUGUGACUGAUUUGUCAGGAAGAGAAACCAUUGUCCGAAUUACUGGAGGCAUGAAAGUCAAAGCUGAUAGGGAUGAGUCUUCACCAUAUGCAGCCAUGCUUGCAGCACAAGAUGUUGCACAGCGGUGCAAGGAGCUUGGUAUUACCGCCCUGCAUAUCAAGCUUCGAGCUACUGGUGGGAACAAGACAAAGACACCUGGUCCUGGUGCCCAAUCUGCUCUUAGAGCCCUUGCUCGGUCUGGGAUGAAAAUUGGUCGUAUUGAGGACGUGACUCCAAUUCCCACCGACAGCACUCGCAGAAAGGGUGGCAGAAGAGGAAGGAGGCUGUGAGUUCUCUUUUCGCAGUACCGAAACACUUGUGGGUGGUGGGGGUUAUUUCCAGAGGAUGUUUUUUCUAGCCGAACAAUUUUUGUAGUCUUUAACAUAAAGAUAGUUUUUGUUAUUUACAAAACAGAAGUCAGACCAGCAGCUACGCAGUUCUCUUUUUGGAGAUUGUUAGGUUUUGAUCAUCGUGUUGUCAUUUCUAUUCUAUCUACAUGAAUUCCCAGUAUAUACAAUGAAUCGGGGUUUGAGUUGAAAUCAUAUUGAUUCUCAAGUCGUCCAGUUGCAA